AUGCGUGCUGCAGUUUAUACCUCCGUUCUUGUUCUUUUACAGCUGGCAUGUGCGUCGGCAAGAAUCAACAUACCAUUCCGGUGCCAUGCUCUGGACGCGGAGUGUACAAAGGCCUUAGUUCAGAAUCUUGUUGUUCCUCUAUCUGUAACACUUGACCCCAUGUACAUAGAUUCUUUCAGAAUUAAUGAGGGAGGAUUCAACGGUGACCUUAGCAAUAUUACUGUGACAGGAGGAAGAAACGCUGUCAUCGAUAGUGCCGGAUUUGAUCUUGGUAAACGAGAGAUUAUGAUGCAGUAUCAUACCGACCUGAAGUUAAAAGGCAGAUAUAAGUCGAGUCCCGUAGAUGCGGGAACCGAUAUGUCGAUGUUCAUAAGCGGUCAAGGUUUUGCAGACCCUGACCUACAGAACCUCAGAUUGAUUCCUAUUCCGUUGGGAAGAAAUAUGAUGGACAAAAUUGUGGUUAAAGUGUUUGAGACCCUUAGAGCAUAUUUACUCUCAGAACAAAUAUUGAAUUUCUUCAUUUAUUAG